UCUGCUGUAAAUACAAUCAUGUGCUUCGGCGUGUGAACAUCACUAACCACUUAGCCUACACAAUGACGAAUAACCAUGGCGAUUCCAGUUCUUCAUACUUCAAGGACUGGGCGUCAAGUGGAGAGAUAUCGAAGCGGUUUCCGAAUUGUAAAACAAUUCUCUGGGACAAGCAGAGUAUUGGCACGAAUACCGAGUCGUCAUUCUCUUUCUACAAAGACAUAUCACUCAAUUUAAUUGAGCGGUCUUUGCGGUUGGCUUACAAAGGAGCUUCAGUAUACUUCAAAACCAACAAGAAGCCACUAUACAGAGGCCUUUUUCUCGGUAGCUUGUCUUGUCUGGACUCGGACGAUGAAAUCAAAAUCGUAGUCAACCGAUUUGAUCCAGGUAUCUGUCAUCUAGGAGAAGUUGACGGUUCUCACAACUGGCCGUUGCCUUCAUCCAAACUACCAGAUGAUUUGGUAAUUCCUGUGCUAAUGGUUAACCGAUCUGCCAUGGAUCAAUCUUCAUCUUCCACUAACGAGCUAGUCGCCAAGUCUGUAAAGGCCAUAGAAGAAUACAUGGCAAGUUCUUCGAACAACUUGCGGCUGCAGGAUCUUUUCAAGUGCUUCUGCGUAUGUUACUAUACCGAUCAAUUUGGCGAACUAACAUUUGAAAUGUCUUGGAACUUGAUUGCACCCGGAGCUUCCUUCAAUAUGAAACCCGUGACACCGGUUCCAAUAAUUCCAACUGCUCUGGCUCGGAACUUGUCAGGUCCAUUGAAUCUAACUGCUCUACAGAACGGAGCAAAGUUUGGAUUUCUGACUAUGGAUCAAACUCGAAAAUUGCUAUUGCUCUUAGAAUCAGAUCCCAAGGUAGCCAGUUUACCUGUUGUCGGAGUUUGGAUUAGUGGUGUCAUGUCUUCUUGUGAUACAAAUGUAUGGGCGGCACUGGCUCGGUACCAAAAGUCCAAUAGACUUGCAAACAAACAGUGCGACGGCUCUAAUGGAUUUCUAGCGAUGUGUUAUAUGUCUACAGAAAAGAAUCCGCUGUUCUUUGACUGCACAGAAAUCGAGGCGCCUAAUGCAUAUAAAGUGUUUCAAUGUCAGGAAGAACUGAACUUGUUCAAAGAGUCAAACAGCAAAGCAGAUUCGACAUUCAUCUAUUUCCCGCUCAGCAUGGUCGAAGUAUCGCCCAUGCAUCAAAUUGCGGACAUCACCUUGAGGACAAUUAGUUCUUCGACUCGUUUGAUGGACUCAAAUGCGCCCCUAUUUGGACAUCCUGAGAUGUCUUCGAUUGGACCAUGCAGUCCCAUCAUCACCGAUCCAUCACCACCAUGUCCUCAAUCAGCACCAGUUCCCCACGCAGCUCAUAGACAUCGUUUCAGCAUCAAUGAAAGUGUACCUGAGGUGUCUGUAUGGGAACCUCAACAUGUGGCCAAUCAAAUGAACAAAUCGGAUAGUAUGGAGCAAGAUCAAGGCUUCUUUUCCAAAAGUUCAUCUGAUCACGACUCCUCUCUAGAACGCAUGGUAGUUUAUACAAAAAGACUUAUUGCGAACCAACCAUUAGAAACUAUAGAAUCGUCAGCCAAUGUGACAGAGCGAUCUUCCAGUCAUACAUCUGUCCAGAGGACUAAUAGAUCAAUUGAAAAUUUCGAUCGAAAUAUGCAAUUGCAAAAUAAUCACGAAGAUCCUGGUUUGAAUCAUUCGCACAGAAGCGUAACAAAUCAUUCACAAUGCGCUUCGUGCAAGUCAGACAAGCAUGAGUUAAACACUAGUUUAGAACAGCAGAGAAAACAGUUAGAGCUACUGCAGAAUCAAAUUCAAACUUUACUCAAGGCACAGAAUAUCCCAAUUCCAGAACAUAUCAAUCGAACUGUAGUUACGAGGUCAGCUCAGACAUCACCGGCCGAAUCGACAAAUGUGAGUAAGUUGUUACAGUCAUCCUCCAAUCAGUUUGAUCUAACUGCGUCACAGAGAGUCGUAUCUAGAGACGAAGAGACUUGGGCUUCGAUCGACCCGAACUCGGUUCCUCUCCAGGAAGACAACUUGAGUCACGACAAUUUGGUCAUUUCACACGUUCAAAUGCCAAGUUUCGUAGACAGUGAAUGCGACAAUACGACAGUUGAGUCGGAAAUGGAUGACGGCGAUCGAAGUCAGAACUCAGAUAGAAGUUGGGAAAACCGAACCGGAGUAAACACUGAAGUCCAAGAAGAGGAAAUGCAAGUGGUGAAUUGUUUGAAUUCAGUCAUGUUCGAAGAACAGCAAAAUCCUAUGAACAGUGAUAGUAGAAAUCAGUCACUGCUGAUGAAACAGCAGCAAAUUGAGAAACUAAAUCAACAAAUUGCCAAUGCCUUGGUCAUUAACAGUCCGGUGAAAGAAUCAUCGAACAAUGAAAACAGAGAACCAAAGCCCAAAGAAAGACAACAAGUUGCUCCAAAUAAAGGAAAACAGUCGAAGGAAGUCCGUGGGAAAAAUUUGGAAGUUGAUAGAAAUCAGGAGUCUUUUAUGAACCAUCAAGCCAAUCAGGAGCGAUUUAAUGUCGUGGAUUUGUCUAUGGCUGCGAACUCAAUUGCCAUGAAGUACCACCAGUCGGAUCAAAUGGCACACAACGGGAUCCAAAAUUGGAAUGUGUCGAGUACUUCCUUCAUGUACGAGUAUUCUUAUCUACCUCACUUAGCUGUCACGGAGUCCUACAGGUCUAGUGGAUUCAGAGAUCAUAGCAUGCUCCCGAAUUCGGAACUCUUCGACGAACGAGGUACGAACUUGAGCUUCGCGACGGAGCAAUAUCUAGCCAAACAUGGAAUGCUUUCAUAUCAAACUCAAGCGUCAUCAUCGAAAAUCGUCACGGAAAGUCGAAGAGUGUCAAAUCCGAAUCCCAAGAAAUCAUCCUUAGAAGCACAAAAUGUUGCUUCGAAUGAAAUCCGAAAACAAUCGGUUGGUAAAUCGAGUAGAUCGAAGGAACAUCAGACUGCUUGUUAUAAUCCGGCUAGUUAUGACAACGGACCCAAAGAUUCGAGAUGUUUGGAAAGCGAAGACGAAGAUAGCGACUCUGAGUUCAACAUUCUGGACAUGGAUAAACUCAGAUCCCUUCCGAAGCUACUAUAAAUGAAAUCAUUCCACAUCUUGAUGAUGUCUGUUAAAUUGUAGAAUCAGUGGCCAAAUUUCAAUUCUUUCACGCUUUAUGUGUCUCAAAAAUCAAGCACAAUACAAUUAUCUAAACUAUUGCCUUAACCUACUUAAAAGAUGUGCCUUAUAGUAUCCUUACAAUAAUAAAUACUGUUUUUCACAAAUUGUAAAUUUGUUUCAUUCACUUGGUUCAUUAUGUGAAUUUCUAAAUUUCUUCUAUCAA